GAGUAAAGAUAAAAAGAUAAAAACUCAACUUUAAUUACAUUUAAUUACUAAUUUUAAUAUGAAAGAGUGAACCUCAUCCAUAAAUAGCCUUCCACCACAACUCUUCGCUUAACCAAUUGACUUCAAAACUUAUUCGCCUUACGCCUUCAUCUUAAUUGUUUCUCCUUGUCAGCUCUCAGCAACCAGCAUCAAUGAAAAGCACAAAACCUCAUGUGGCCCUCCUGGCAAGCCCUGGCAUGGGACACUUGAUCCCUGUGCUUGAGCUUGCCAAACGCCUCGUUUCCCAUCAAAGCUUCAAAGUUACUGUCUUUGUUGUGGCAACCGAUCAUGCCUCAAUUGCAAACUCCCAACUUCUACAAUCUCCUUCAGCCUCGAAUGAUCUCCUUGAUAUGGUUUUACUCCCUUUCAUCGAUAUUUCCAACAUAGUUGAACCUGAUGCAUCGUUCGUAACAAAAAUAGUGAUACUGAUGCUUGAGUCCUUACCAUUUCUCCGAUCUGAAAUCUCUAAGAUGGAGUUUCGUCCCACUGCUCUAGUUGUUGACUUGUUCGGAACUGAUGCUUGGGAGAUUGCCGAUGAAUUCAACAUGUUAAAGUACGUAUUCAUAGCUUCUAAUGCAUGGUUUUUAGCAGUUAUUCUACAUGGUCCGGAGAUUGAUCGAAAGGAGGUUGAUGAUCAUGUUAAGAACCAGAAGCCACUUAACAUUCCGGGUUGCAAGCCGGUUAAGUUGGAGGAUACCCUCGAUGUUUUUUUAACGGAUCCCAACGGUCCAUUCUAUCAAGGCUUUGUUGGCUCAGGGAUGAAAAUGGCAUUGGCUGAUGGGAUUUUGAUGAAUUCUUGGGAGGGGCUAGAGCCCACAACUCUUAAAGCCUUGGGAGAUGCUAAGAAGGUACCCGUUUAUCCAAUUGGUCCACUGGUGAGGCCUGUUGAAAAGCCGGUUUUGGGAAACCAAGUAAUAAAUUGGCUCGAUAAGCAACCUAAAGAAUCAGUGAUUUAUGUGUCGUUUGGAAGCGGUGGAACCUUAUCAGCCCAACAAGUGUUAGAGUUGGCCUGGGGGCUGGAGCUCAGCCAACAAAGGUUCUUAUGGGUGGCUCGUCCUCCGCUUGAGAAUGAUGCAUCAGGGUACUUUUUCACUGUAGGUAACGGCUCUGAUGGCACCCCAGAUUACUUGCCUGACGGAUUUUUGGCUAGGACCCAAGAUAAAGGCCUGGUGGUCUCAAUGUGGGCACCCCAAGUUGAGGUGUUGAGUCAUCCAUCGGUUGGUGGAUUCUUAACCCAUUGUGGGUGGAAUUCAGUCAUGGAGAGUAUCAUCAAUGGGGUACCGAUGAUUGCAUGGCCGCUCUACUCUGAGCAGAAGAUGAAUGCUGCGUUGUUGACGGAAGAGUUUGGAGCAAGCAUCCGAGCCAAGGCGAUGGAAUUAGAUGGAUUGGUGGGAAGAGAAGAGAUAAAAUCAAUGGUGAGAAGAAUAUUGAUUGAUAGUGAAGGACAAAACAUACGAGCUAGGAUCAAGGGGCUUAAAAAUAGUGCAGCAAAAGCAUUGACCGAGGGUGGUUCCUCUUAUAAUUCACUGUCCCAAGUAGCAGAGAUCUGUAUUCAGCACCUGAAAACAAAGAGUUACGGGGCUUGAUCUUACUUUAUGUUAGGAUGUUGUUUUUGCUGUUUGCGUAACUAAACAAUAUUGAGAGUGUAUGAUGGUAUAAACUUGUUAAAAGCUUUUUUAAUUUAAAAAUGAUAAAUAAAAAAUAUAUAUG